GUCGUCGUCGACGUCGGCACCAGUACACCAACCACGACAACCAUAAUUAUUAUUAUUGUGCUCUUCGUCACCGCAGAAGCUAAAGGCAGUGUUGCGGCGGCUGUUGCUCGUCGGUUGGCGUAUAAUAGGAUUCCGUGUUCCGUGUACAGAGUUUGUAGUGUAUAAAACAACAACAGAAGUCUUGAAACAGAUAGCCUCCUUGGUCAUAAGACAUUGCAAUGUGGCCCCAGCGUGUUAAGCUAAAAUUAUUUUCAUCAAUUGCGAUUGUUCUAUUGUUGCUGAAUUGUGCUUCCCCUGUGGUUGGUAAAAAAUAUCUGCGCUGUGAAUUAUCCCGAGAGCUGGUGGAGAAAUAUAAAAUCAACAAAACAUUUUUAUCCAAUUGGAUCUGUCUGAUAGAACAUGAAAGCGAUAGAGACACUAAAAAAGUUACCCGCUUGGGCAAUGGAGAAAAUAAGUUUGGCAUCUUCCAGAUCAGCAGCAAGGAAUGCGAUGCUGGUAAUGGCAAAGUGACUGCUUGCGAUACACAAAAAUAUCCCUGCUGUAAAGUGAAAUGUGAAAAUUUCCUCAACGAUGACAUUUCUGAUGAUGUUCAGUGCGCUCAAAGAAUAUUCGAUUUGAAAGGUUUUCAAAACUGGAAUGGUUGGAGUUCGUUUUGCCGCAAUACCCAAAAUUUACCGAAUUUAAGUGUGACCUGUAAUAUAAACACAGUAACCCCACUAUCACGUCUGACAUCGUAUAUAUCACCAAAUUUCCGAUUUUAACUAAGUUUUAAAAAAGAAAUAAACUAGAUUACGAAUUAAA